UAUGUUGUCAGUAUUACCAAGAAAUAAUGAUUUGAAGAUCAGCUUAUCUGAAAUCUGCGUUAGUCACUGAUUGAGUCACUGUGGAUGUUUAGGACCUUUCAGUACAUUUGGGCUGCAGCUGUAGGGAGAGAAGCUGCCAUGUGCUGAAUGUAGCAUAACUGUAAUAGGCUGUCCUUUAUCUGUUUCUUCCAAAGCCUCUGUGUGCUUUCGGACCUGACUCGUUGCUAAGUGCUAAUUCAUAUGGUGGGCUAAGGAUCGAGUCUUUGUUCACUGAUCAGGCGCUGCAGCGACUGGGUUUUUUUUUCCUUUUGCAGGUCAUCGCUUCACCAUUAGCAGGGUGGAGAGACAGAGAGAGAGAGGGAGAGAGAGAAAGGGGGCUGGCGAAAUCGAAGCGCUCACGGAUGUCGCGCCUGUCUGUCCAGCCUGCUGCCCCGCUUUCCCGGGCGCUACUAGUGAAGCACUGAAGACGGCGAGCGAGUCGAGGCGCUGGGGGAGUGUCACACGUACAGCACGAUAGUUUUUCUGCCCUGGAUUUUUCUAUCAUUCGCAAGAAACCAACACUCCCAGACGGCGUAGCCAGCGAAGGCUCAGGGCCGCCUCCUCCUCCUCCUCCUCCUCCUCCACCACCACCACCACCACCACCUCCUCCUUCUUCUUCACCGCCGCCGCCUCCGCUUCCACGCCGCUUCCCCUCCUCCUUCAGCCCCUCCGUUUCCUCCGCGACUGUGAGCCGAGAUCCUAGCGGCCGAGGACGGAGACCUUUCCCGGGACUGAGGAUUUUCUCUUGGUUUUCCCACGACCGUAUUCCGCAGAUCCGCGUCCAGUCCCGACGAGGCCGGGCUUCAAAAGUAGGGGGGAUGACUUUAGACUCUAUGAUGGCUUGCUGCCUGAGCGAAGAGGCGAAGGAGUCGAAACGGAUCAACGCCGAGAUCGACAAGCAGCUUCGCCGAGACAAGCGAGACGCGAGGAAGGAAUUAAAGCUGCUCCUUCUUGGCACUGGAGAGAGUGGCAAGAGCACGUUUAUAAAGCAAAUGCGUAUCAUCCAUGGCGCCGGCUACACAGAUGAAGACAAACGUGGCUUCACCAAGCUGGUCUACCAGAACAUCUUCACCUCUAUGCAGGCUAUGAUCCGUGCCACUGAGACACUGAAAAUUGGCUACAAGUAUGAGCAGAACAAGGCCAAUGCCAUGCUGGUGAAGGAGGUGGAUAUUGAGAAGGUGGCGUCAUUUGACCAACCCUACGUUAGUGCCAUUAAGAUGCUGUGGUCAGACCCAGGCAUUCAGGAAGCCUAUGACCGCCGCAGGGAGUACCAGCUUUCUGACUCCACCAAAUAUUACCUAACUGAUCUUGAGCGCGUCACAGCCUCAGGGUACAUCCCCACUCAGCAGGACGUCCUGCGGGUGCGUGUGCCCACCACGGGCAUCAUAGAGUACCCCUUUGACCUGGAGAAUGUCGUCUUCAGCUAUCUAUCCGAUCUGGAUCGUAUUGCUGAAACAUCCUAUCUACCCACCCAGCAGGAUGUGCUUAGGGUUCGAAUCCCAACCACAGGGAUCAUUGAGUACCCUUUCGACUUGGAAAGCAUCAUUUUCAGAAUGGUGGAUGUGGGGGGGCAGAGGUCCGAGCGCAGGAAGUGGAUCCACUGUUUCGAGAAUGUGACGUCCAUCAUGUUUUUGGUGGCACUGAGCGAAUACGACCAGGUUUUAGUCGAGUCUGACAACGAGAAUCGUAUGGAGGAGAGUAAGGCCCUUUUCCGGACGAUAAUCACAUAUCCCUGGUUUCAGAACUCCUCUGUCAUCCUUUUCCUCAACAAGAAAGACCUCUUGGAGGAGAAGAUCGCCUACUCUCACUUGGUCGACUACUUCCCAGAGUUUGAUGGUCCGCAGCGAGACGCACAGGCUGCAAGGGAGUUCAUCCUCAAGAUGUUCGUGGACCUGAACCCAGACAGCGACAAAAUCAUCUACUCGCACUUCACCUGUGCCACGGACACGGAGAACAUCCGCUUCGUCUUUGCUGCUGUGAAGGACACCAUCCUGCAGCUCAACCUGAAAGAGUACAACUUGGUGUGAGCCGCUGCCAGGCACUAAACACACCCUUCAGCACAGAACAGGCACCUACAGAGUGUGCACACACUUACACAUUUUCCACAUGGCUCAGAUACAUACACACCAAUAUAUACAUGUUCAGCUACCCACAGCCCACCCCGUUUUCCAACCUUAUGGAUUUUCUUCCCCUCUUUUCGUGCAUCUCUGCGAGGGUAUUACAUGUUUCCUGCUUACACACUGGCCAUCUCCUGGUUUCGCCAAAGUCUGUCCACUUCUCUCGUUGGCAGCUCAAGUCAAAGGCCUCCAUCCCUUUCCUCGAGUUUGACUGUGAGGAUUUUUGACCUUUUCAGAUUUGAUGAGGGGGGUGGGGUUAUAGGCUGUGACUUGUUUUGAUCCUUAUACAAUUUGAAAAAGUAAAGAAAAAAAAAAUAAACAUGAAGGGUUUUGAAGUGGUGGAAUUGGUCAGGCAGGGAUGGCUGUAGCAACAGCACGGAUGCAGGUUGCCAAGUGCGCUUUAUGGACUAAAUGCACAAAGAUACGCCGACAUGGAAACUGGAAGUGAUGUCCCUCACCCUUUUCUUUCCAGUCACAUCCACCAAGCGCAUCGUACAUGUUCCGCCUGGAUUGAUUGAUUGAUUGAUUGCAUUUUUGAUUUUGACCAUCCUGCAAAAAAAAGAAGAAAAAAAAAGAAAAUCACAUCAUAUUUACACACUUGUACAUGGACACAAAGACAAGUGCUGAGGUGCCAGAAGUAACGAAGGAUCCAUUAGAUCCCUCUAGAAUCAGGAGGAUUCAAGUGGAUUCUCAAAUCCUGGGGGGGAGGGACCAGCUGGGUUCCACUGGUUGUGUGAAGAAUUUUUCCUCACAAAAAUUAGGUGAUCUCACCGAGGCUAGUCUUCAACUUGCAUCGAUGAAUGUAGAAGUGUGAGCAUCACAAUUGCAAAAAAGAAGAAGAAAAUGAAUGAAAGCAGAAUGCACAUUCAAGCGAAAUGAUACAACACACGAAAGAAAGAGUUGAAACAAAUCAAUGUGUACAGUGCUGAGAUGAUCGAAAGAAAAAUAAACUUUUAAUGAUAAGUAUGUAUACUUCUGUCGCUACCAGAUGAAUUAUAACAGCAACUGAAUCAAUGAUGGGUAUAAAAUCAGAAGUUUUAAAGAUUUAUCAGUGUGUAAAACAGAUAUUGACAGGAUUAUAUUCACACAGUAGGUAUUGUUUUGCAGAUUUCCACACGAGUUUUUAAGAUGGUUGCAUCCCCCAUUUAUGUUCUUAAGUGUUUUCCAUAGUGACUGCUUCCUCCCUCCUUGCCUUGUCCAACUUUUUUUGCAUUAUUUAGCAUCAGUUGUCAGCUUAGUUCUGAUGUAAUGGUAACGUGGGCUCCUGCUGGUACCAUACUCCAUAUUUCUGCGAGUAUGCUCUUCACUUACAGAUACUUCAUCAAUUCAGUCGGUUGAAUUCUGGAUUAUCUGAUAUCACCAACUAGUGGCCCUGACGCACACAAUCUUUCGUUUGUUUACGCCUUUUUUUAAAUUGCAGAGACAUCAUCUUAUUGAUUAAUAAGAGUUUGUGGAGACUAGGUUAAUUUAGCUUCGGGUUGGGAGGUAGUGUUAACGUGAAGGGGGGGACAGGAAGUCGUAAAUGCGCUGAAGUUAAUUGUGUAUAUUUAUAUUUGUAAAUACGUAUACACAUUAUUGCUUAUGUAAAAAAAAAAAGUCUGUGGUACACUAUCUUUGGCAAAAAGGAAAAAAAUCCACUCUUCGUAAUUGUGUACGGUUUUGGUUGGUUUCUUAUGAAUUACAAUAUUAUUGAUACUGUGA